AUGACAAUACCACGUCUUGAACUUUUAGCUUGUGUUUUAGGAGUACGUCUAGCGAAGUAUGUUGUAGAGGCAUUAUCCUUAGACGAAAUUGAAAAACAUUACUGGUCUGAUUCCACCACAGCUCUGUCAUGGAUCAAGCGCAAUGAUCAAUGGGGAACUUUUGUAGGAAAUAGUGUCAGAGAGAUUUGUGCUCUUUCAGAGGAAAAUCAGUGGUCUUACGUGCCAAGCCAAUUAAAUCCAGCUGAUAUAACAUCUCGUGGUUGUACCCCUCAUCACAUUCUAAAGAAUUCAUGGUGGGAGGGUUCUAACUGGUUAAAGAAUCCGAAGGAUAGUUGGCCACGCCUUGAAAUUAAACCCAAUGAGGCAUUAAUUUCUUCCGAAAUCAGAAAGAAAACUGUAGUAUUAAACGUUAGUGUGAGUACUGAUACAUCUAAGUGGUAUGAAAAAUAUUCUAAAUUUUCAGCAAUUGUAAGAAUUUUAGCAUGGGUUCUAAGAUUUAUUAGACGCUGUCAGGCAAAAUCUGUAAAUAGAGCAAAAUUCUUGUCUGCAACCGAGUUAAAAGAUUCAAAGAACACUUUGAGUCUACUAGUUCAACGUGAAAGUUUUUCUCAGACUGGAGAUGUAAUAAAUGGUCUUUCAGUCGUCAGAGAUGAAAUAGGACUGAUAAGAGUGAAAACAAAGAUUCUCGCAAGAGAUGAUGAAUUUGGAUUUAAAUAUCCAAUUCUACUUCCGUCAAAGCAUCAUAUUGUGCAAAGUCUAGUGCUCGAAUACCAUAAAAAGAAUUCUCAUGCCGGUGUUCAAAUGCUCAUGUCAAUGAUUAGAGAAGAAUAUUGGAUUAUUUCAGCUAGACAAACAAUUAGAUCAAUAAUCAAGAAAUGCAUUACCUGCAAGAGAUUCACAACAAAGUCACCUUCAACCAUACCUAUUCAUUUACCUUUAGACAGAGUACGGGACGCUCGAACUUUCGAAGUCACCGAAAUUGACUUGUGUGGUCCCCUUAUUCUUAGGAAAAGGACUAAAGCCUGGGUGGUGCUGUUUACAUGUGCAGUCUACAGAGCAAUACAUUUGGAGAUCGUGACAUCCUUAAGUGCAGAUUGCUGUUCACUCGCGUUGAGAAGAUUCAUCGCUCGACGAGGCCGUCCGACAGUUAUCUAUAGUGACAACGGCACGAACUUUAUCGGUGUCUCUGGUGCAUUGAACCAAAUUGAGUGGCAAAAGAUAGCUGCUCUUGAAACUCUAAAUCCAAUUAACUGGAAAUUCAUUUCCCCCAACCGCAGCAUGGUGGGCGGUUGGUGGGAGAGACUAAUUCGCAUAGUGAAAAAUCUACUUGUUCGAGUUCUUGAUGUAAAAGAGAUUGGAACGGCUGAUCUUGAUCAUUUGGAUAGGAACAAACUGGUAAAGAGAGAACGUAUUGCCAAGAACUGCGUGAACAAUUCAGACGAACGAUUCCGGAAAGAAUACUUAGGUCAGUUGGUGCAAAAAGCUGGCACAUCUGACAAAAUUUUCAAAGUUGGAGAAGUGGUCCUUGUUGGUUCUGAAAACCAGAAGAGACUUAAUUGGCCACUUGCAGUGAUUGAAGAACUGUAUCCAGGGAGAGACGGCCAUGUGAGAGUCGUCAAAGUCAAAACUCCACUUGGUCAUCUCGUUCGUCCAGUCCAAAAAAUUUAUCCCUCUAGAAGUUAA